AUGGCGGAGAAGAGCGAAGACAUGGGCGCUGUGACGCACCAGCUGAGUGCAGUUGACGAUGACAUGAACAAGCAUGCGAACGUCAAGGAGGCCAAUGUAGCUUCCGUAGCUCUCACCGCUGCUAUCGAGGCAGAGAAGCCGAAGCUAUGGUCUCGCGGCAUGAUCCAGCUCUACAUGAUCAUGGGCGUUGGGUACCUAGUCUCUACGCUCAACGGCUUCGACAGCUCCCUCAUGGGAUCCAUCAACGCGAUGAAAGCGUACCAGAACACCUUCGGGCUGACUGGUGAGGGAUCCAGCACCGGCAUCAUCUUCAUCAUCUACAACCUUGGUCAAAUCGCCGCCUUCCCAUUCUGUGGAUUCCUUGCUGAUGGCUACGGUCGCCGUAUCUGCAUCGCCGUCGGUUGCGCGCUCGUCCUCGUCGGAACCGCCGUUCAAGCCACAGCCCAUGAGAUGGGACAUUUCAUUGCCGGUCGCUUCAUCCUCGGAUUUGGCGCAUCCAUCGCGUCUGCUGCUGGCCCUGCCUACACCGUCGAACUCGCGCAUCCUGCCUACCGUGGAACCAUGGCUGGUAUGUACAACAACUUCUGGUGGGUCGGCAACAUUCUGGCUGGAUGGACCACAUACGGCACCAAUCUCCACAUGGGCAACUCUUCGUGGGCUUGGAGAAUCCCAACUAUCGUUCAGUGCAUUCUACCGACCAUUGUCAUGGGCUUGAUCAUGUUCUUCCCAGAAACGCCGCGUUGGCUGCUAGCGCAUGACCGCAGGGAAGAGGCCAUCGCCAUCAUGGCAAAGUACCACGGAAACGGCAACCCCAACUCUCCCAUCGUCCAGCUCCAGCUACACGAGAUUACCGAGGACUUUGCUGUCACUCGCAACGACAACCCGUGGUGGGACUUCCGUGAGCUAGGAAACACCAAGGCCGCACGCUACCGUUUGGCCAUGGUCAUCGCCAUGGCUUUCUUCGGUCAAUGGAGUGGUAACAACGUCGUCAGCUACUUCAUGCCAGCCAUGGUCAAAAACGCUGGGAUUACUGACCCCAACAAGCAACUUCUCAUCAACGCUAUCAACCCAAUCUUCAGCAUGUUAGCCGCCAUCUACGGCGCCACCCUCCUCGACAGACUCGGCCGAAGAAAGAUGCUCAUGGGCGGUCUCUGGGGCGGCCUCUUUGCCUACGUCCUCCUCACAGCCUUCACCGCGACCGCCACCCCCGACAACAACCUCGCCUACGGCACCAUCGUCUCCAUCUACCUCUUCGGCAUCUUCUUUGCCUGGGGCUGGACCCCCCUCCAAACCCUCUACGCCGUCGAGUGUCUCGAGAACCGUACUCGCGCCAAGGGCUCCGGCCUCAACUUCCUCUUCCUCAAUGUCGCCAUGGUCGUCAAUACCUACGGCAUCUCCGUCGGUAUCGAGAAGAUUGGCUGGAAGUUGUAUCUCGUUUAUAUUGUGUGGAUUUGCAUUGAGAUUGCGCUUAUCUUCUUCUUCUUUGUUGAGACUGCGGGCAAGACGCUCGAGGAGCUUAAGGAGAUCUUUGAGGCGCCGAACCCGAGGAAUGCUAGUUUGAAGAGGGCGAAGGUGGAGAUUGAUGAGUCGGGGCAUAUUCAUAAUGUGCAUGAGUAG